UGGGGCUCAGUGUGACCAGGCAGAGGCCAGCGUCGCAGGCAGGCAGGCAGUGGAGAGAGUGCUGUGCCGCAGAGACGUGCCCGGGGUGGAUAAACCAUGCUCACUGAGCGGGAGAAACACUCUGCCCAGGACACAAGAUGAAGGUAAAGAGGAAGCCCUCCUCCAAAUUCAGCAACUUCAGGGACAUUCCUCCACUGUUGACGCUCUUCGGCCUCUACCUCCUCCUUGUCCUCUUCACGGGUGAGGCGCUUGGCGUGAACGUGACCAGCCAGACCCAAGUGGUGAGGGGCACGGUGGGCAGAGAGGCCCUCUUGUCGGUCAGCUACUCCAGCAGCAGCGCUGACAAGCCUGUCAUCAAGUGGCAGGUCAAGAAGGACAAAGUAAAGCCUGUCACCGUCGUUCAGUCAAUCGGCACAGAGAUCAUCGGAAACCUGAGGCCUGAGUUUCGCCACCGAAUCCAGGUGUUCGAGAAUGGCUCCCUGCUGCUCCACAACCUGCAGCUAUCAGAUGAAGGGACGUACGAGGUCGAAAUCUCCAUCACAGACGACACAUUCACCGGAGAGCACUACAUUGAGCUGACUGUGGAUGUUCCUGUGUCAAAACCUUACAUCCAGAUGAUGGCUUCUUCCGUCCUGGAGUACAGCGAGCAUUUCCACCUCCACUGCUCCCACGAUAACGGCACAAAGCCCACAUACAGUUGGCUAAAAGGAGGGAAGGUGCUGACCAAUGACUCACGCCUUCUGCUUUCACACGACCAGAAGGUGUUGACCAUCUCACGCGUCCUGAUGUCCGAUGACGACAUCUAUGCCUGCACAGUAGAGAACCCCAUCGGCAGCAUGAAGAGCGUCCCAGUUCGGCUCACCGUCUACAGUUUAGGACGGAGCUCGUUAUACAUCAUCCUGUCCACCGGGGGCAUAUUCCUCCUAAUCACCCUGGUGACAGUGUGCGCUUGCUGGAAACCUUCCAAAAAGAAGCAUCGACCUGUUCCCCAAAGAGCUCCUAUCUACAUGGAGCAAAGUGAAAAUGGCCAUGAUGUUGAUGUGGUGCCAAAGCCAAGUACGCUUGGCCGAAGGAGCCCCAUGCCUCUUUAUGUUCUCGACGAAGAUGAGACUCUGGAGCAUCUGGAAGAGUCCUCUGGCAACACUGCUGUCCAAUCAGAAAUUAAUCUCCCUGCCACCUAUGUUCCAGUCCUCCCCCCGACCACCAACAGAACUGAGCGACCGAUCUGGUCCACUCCCCGCCGGUACCCCCGCAGCCCGUCUCCGCUUGCACAGCCUCUCCCUCAGCCCCUCCCCGCUUCCCUGAUACGUCCUGUCUGCUCUCCGGCUCGCUCCCCAGCGAACUCUCCGGGAUCGUCCCCCCGCAGUUUCAGCCCGGUGAGGAGGGUCCGUCCUCCAGUGGGCAUCCCAGUCAGCCACCUGCCUGUGGAGGCAGAGUGCGCAGACCCCAGCGAUCAGACUCUCAACUCCUCACAGCACUGACAGCCGUAUGGAAAAUAGUUUUCACCCUGAGAUAUGUGAAAUGCAUGUUUAGUUUGGGUUCCACGUUCUAGGCUAACAAAUGGGUUCACUUCUUUUUUUUUUCCUCGUGUCGGUAUUUAUGAUGCACUUCUUUAUGGUUAUGCACAAACAUUUUUAAGAUUCUCUCUUAAAUACGGUUCAGUGUUCUGGUAUAUGCAGAUCUAUUUGUUUUCAUAUUGUGAGUUUUUGAUUUAGAAAAUAUAUAAUAAAAUACAAAACAAAGUCCCAGCCAUAUUUAUUGGCAUCCAUAAAAAGCCUUAUACUGAAUUUCAAUUUUAUUGCUGCAUUUUUGUCUCACCUUAAGCAGCUCAAUAAAGCCAAAUGAUUAAUCUGAGUGUAAUUAUUCAGUUAGGGAAAUAAAUCCUAUGUUGCAAAACAAUUGUUUCAAUCCAACAUAUUUCUCAGGCAUCUCUGCUGUUGGUCUCAUCUAACAGCAUAUCUAGUAGUGAUCUAAUAGUGAAUAGAUCAGAGACAGAAAGAGGUUUAGUUAGCUCGUCCUUUUUGCACAUUAUCCAGAAUCCUGGACUGUCUUUUUCACUUCAUAGAUUUUAAGUUCUCCAGAUUUUUAUUUAAUAUUUUUCUCUAUGUUAAAUGUGAUUCCAUUCACUCUAGUAAAGUUCUCAGGGGCUAUGGAAGAAAAACAGUCCCACACCAUCACAGAUCCUCCACCAUACAUAACAGUGGGGGUGUUUUUCUACUAUUUCUUUCUUCAAGAUUCUCCAAGUAUAAAUGAAAAAAAAUGGCUCCAGUUAGAUUUAUUUUAGGACAGUUGUUUGAGUUGGCACUGGUGAUUUUGUUAACAAUUGCUUCUUAAGAUAUUUUCUAGCACUGAAUAAGUAUACUCAUAUCGAAGGUCAAUUUAAAAAACAAUCUGAGUAAAAUCUGCAGAACAAAAUAGGGUGCCACUAAAUGUGCCACCCGUAAUGUGGCAUCCACACAAAAUAUAUAUAAGUCAAUAGUUUUAUGUUUUUUAAUUAUUUGCUCUUUGUGUUGUUUAUUUUUCUUUCAAGACAUUAAACACACGUUCUAUUUUUUUUCUCCACAUUAGGUCACUUUAUAACAUAACGAUAAAAAGAAUAUUAUUAUAUGUUGUAUCUUCUUAUGUACUUUGUGACAAUAAAUACCGCAGCUC